CUUUUUGUGACAGCUGGCCCAGUGCCAGUCAACUGGAGCUUUUCUUGCUAAUUCUUCCAUGGGGAAAACUUAACUGUGGCUGUUUGACGGUCCAGCGAGCCUCAGUGGAGUUUUGACUGGCAUAAGGGGGAGCCUCCUUAAUUGUCAAUCUGAAGCUCUGGUCCUCAUCUCCAGCCUCAGUUAACUCCUGCCCCCCCCCAGCAAAGGGCAACAUGACCCAGGAGGGGCAGGCUCUGCCCUCUCCCACCCCACCAGAGAACCCAGUGGAGCCCUCAACAGCCGCUGCCUCCACCUCCACCACCCCCGGCCAGCCGACAGACACGCACAGCCAGGCCGAGCUGGACAGGCCAGGAGAUGGCCUGGAAGAGUCGGAGGCAGAGGAGGGUGAGGGUAAACAACAGGAGGAGGUCAGAGAAGGAGAGGAGGAGGCACAAGGAGAGACACCAAGAGAAGGAGAGGCAAGGGCAGACAAAAAGGAUGAGGAAGCAGAAGGUGAAUGGAAAGUGGAGAGGAUAGAUUGUGCAGGUGAUGAAAAUCUACAGACAGAAGGAGGGGUGGAGGGAGAAGGGAAAAAGAAGGAAGGCAAGAGAGAGGAAGGAGGUCUAAAUGAAGUAGUAAGCUCAGCUGUGGAGGGGGCGACAUGCAAAGAGGAGGAGAUGAAAGAGGAAGAGGAGGGAAAUGAGAAUGAAGAGACGGCACCAACAGAACAGGAGGCAGCUCAGCCUGAACAGGCUGGCGGACUGGAAAACGGAAUAGAUGGACAUGAGGAAAAUGAUGAGGGGGAGGAGGAUGGAGGGGAGGAGGAGGAUCUGCAUACACACUUGGACACUUUCAGCUCUACCUUUGAGAUUACAGUAGAACAGGCUGACACAGAAGUGGAGGAGGAGGAGGAGGAGGAAGUGGUCCAGAAGGAGGGAGAUGGGAGAGAAAACCAGGACAGUUUUAGCUCAGUGUUCGAGCAGAUUGUUGAGCAGGUCGAUGCACGAGAGGAGGAAGAGGAAGAAGAGGAAAGGGAGCUGGAGGAAGAGAGGGAGAGAGUUAAGGGGGACAACAAAGAUGGCUUCAGCUCCACUUUUGAGCGCAUUGUAGAGUCGGCCCUACUGAGGGGCGGUACUUGCUACAGCAGCCUGGACUCGCUGGACGUGUUGUCCCUCACAGAUGAGACGGACAGCUGUGUCAGCUUUGAGGCACCACUGACACCACUAAUCCAACAGAGGGCGCUGUUACAGGGCCCUGAACCUCUGGAGCUGGAGCUAGCCACUGUGCAGGAGCAGGAGGGGUCUGAGCCCGGGCCAGAAGCCCCAAGAGGUGAUGCUGAGGCUGGGGAGAGCACAGCAGGCCCAGACCCUGGACAUGGAGCUGUGGCAGCAGCUGGAGGAGCAGGAGGAAGCCCACUGAGAACCACAAUACCAGCAAGCAGGUCAGAGUUUGUGCUCAGUCAGCCUGGACGGUGGGCCAUCCCUAAUGGAUACCAUACAGACACCCAGGGGGCCACGGAAGGUUCUGGAGCCCUGCUCAGCUCUGUCAGCGAUGCCAACCUCACAGACGUGCUGUCUGACUCGGAGCAGUGUGAUCUGGGCAGUCUGGAGCGUUUGGAGCGUGGCAGCACCGACACUCUGGCCAACGGCUGCCGAGCCGACUGUGAGGCCGCCAAGAGGCUUGCCAAACGCCUCUACCACCUCGAGGGCUUCAAACGCUGCGACGUAGCCAGACACCUGGGCAAGAAUAAUGAGUUUAGCCAGUUGGUGGCGUCAGAGUAUCUGAGUUUCUUCGACUUCUCUGGCCUGUCACUGGAUCGAGCCCUGAGGAACUUCUUGAAGGCCUUUCCGCUGAUGGGGGAGACCCAGGAGAGAGAGAGGGUCCUUGUACAUUUCUCAAAACGCUUCUGCCACUGCAGCCCACAGACACCCACCUCUGAAGAUGGAGCCCACACAUUAACCUGUGCCCUCAUGCUGCUCAACACUGAUCUACAUGGACACAAUAUCGGGAAGAAAAUGUCCUGCCAGCAGUUCAUCAGUAACCUGGAUGGCCUCAAUAAUGGCAAAGACUUCCCCAAAGACUUAUUAAAGGUCUUGUAUAACUCAAUCAAGAAUGAGAAGCUCGAGUGGGCAAUUGAGGAGGAGGAGCUGAGGAAGAGUCUGUCGGAGCUGGUGGAGGAGCAGUGUGAGGGCGGGAGUAAACGUGUUGCCAGGGUAACAGACGGCAGUAACCCUUUCAUCGCCAUCCCCAUCCUCCUCAACGCCGUCACCUACAAACACGGAGUACUGAACCGCAAGAGUCACGCAGACAUGGAUGGAAAACGCACCCCACGGGGUCGCCGUGGCUGGAAGAAGUUUUAUGCGGUUCUGAAGGGGAUGAUCUUGUAUCUCCAGAAGGACGAGUAUAAGCCGGAUGCAGACCUGUCGGAGGUGGACCUGAAGAAUGCUGUGCGCAUCCACCACGCCUUAGCCACCCGCGCCACCGACUACAGCAAGCGUGCCAACGUGUUGAAGCUGAAGACCUCAGACUGGAGGGUGUUCCUGCUGCAGGCCCCGAGCGAGGAGGAAAUGAUGUCGUGGAUUUUCCGGAUAAAUCUUGUGGCGGCGCUGUUCUCCGCCCCAGCGUUCCCUGCUGCCAUCGGCUCUAUGAAGAAGUUUUGUCGGCCCCUCCUGCCGUCCUCAACCACCAGACUCAACCAGGAGGAGCAGCUGCUGAGUCAUGAGAGCAAGCUGAAGCAGAUGAGCCUGGAGGUGGAGGAGCACCGGAAAAACCCGCCCUCGCCCGACCCCAAGAGCCGCGAGUGGGAGGAGUACCGCCUCAAAGAGCACUACCUCACGUACGAGAAAAGCCGGUAUGAGACGUACAUCAGCCUGCUGCAGGCCAAGCUGCGCGCUGAGACAGACGACCUGGAGAAGAUCGAAAGCAGCGUGAUGAGCGGCCUGAUGGGGGAGGGUGGUCGGCCCGGCCGCGAGGGCCACCUCCGUAAGACGCAGUCCUCCCCGUCCAUCAGCCAGGCUCACAGCGGGCUCAAUGGGAGAAGCACCGGACGCACUGCCCCAGGACAGAGGAGCUGAGGGGGGGGGGAGGCAGAGACCGCGACCCAUAAAGCAACAACCCUCCAAGCCAAACUAGCUUGAUCCUACAUCAUCAUCUUGAUUGGGUUUUUCCUUUGUUUUUGUUUUUUGGGUCCUCUGUUCUUCUUGGCUCUGCUCCUGGGCUGAUGGACAGUUGUAUCUGUUGCACUUGGUGGUAGUAGUGGUGGGGGGAGGGGGGGCAGUUACAGGACAGAUGACGUCACCUUCCUCCCUAGAAAUUAUCAGCGCUUGUUAGAAAUCUGUGGCCCUGAGCAAUAGAUGAAGGACCUACCCUCCAUCCUUGACAACUGAUCCUGCCAAACCUCAGUUCUUUUUAUUGCACAUUAAAUUGAUCAUAAUUGUGAUCACUAUUUAUCAUGAUAUUAUCAGUAUUAUUUUGAAGUGCAAGUAAGAUCGAUGAAAUUGUCAGUUGUCUUUUGUUGAAAUGUUUAUAGUUAUGAGCAGAUUGAGGAAAUCAUAGUUUUUUUUUUUGUUUGUUUGUUUGAGGUUAGAAAGAAGAACAAGGAGAGGACAGUAUAUGUGUUUAAUCCACUGUCAUGAAAAAUGUGGAGCAGAUUCCUUACAGCUGUCAGGCUAAUGUUACGUCCUGCACGCCAUUGGGGGGCUCUGUCCUGUCCUUGUCCUUCAGUCCCGAGGUGGGGCGGUGACAGUUCUGGGGCGGGAGGUGGUACUACUGUAGCAUUUUACUUUCUCACUUGCUCUCAGUCACACUGUUCCUCACAGGCCUGUGUGUGCAGAUACAGCAUAUCUGUCCCAGUGUUACAAAAAUUGUACUCUUGAACGCUCACAGCCAUGAACUCAGAUGAACUUGUGGAAGGAUCGAGUCCCUGUAUGUGGAGUCUAUUUAUUUAUUUAUUUAAUUUUUAAAACUUUAAUUUACAGUCAGAGAGUUUUGCAGAGCACACAUGCUCUUUUUCAGCAGCGCCCCGCUUCAUGGUCAUGUAAUUACACACCGCCUCAUCUGUGUGAGCUGCCCAGUACAUCCACUUUUUGAUGGAAGUUGCCUACCUUGCUCAAGGGCACCUUGACACUAGAGUUACUCAUUCAGGUGUCAGAUAUUCCCCAACAGAUGCAGGGAUUUGAACCAGUGAGCUUUGCGUCACAAGCCAUUUUCUCUGAUAUUUGGGGCACCGCAGCCCUUAAUACUGACAUGUAUUUAAUUAUUAUGUGUUUGGUUUCCCUCCAACUUAAGGCUGAACUUGAUAAGGAUAAGUGACUGAAUGAAAGCACUGUGCCAUGUUCUGUUCCUACGGUUCCUCCUCACUGCUCUUUUAAUGUCAUGACAAGUCCACUGACUGUUUGCUGGAGCUGAUUUCAAACUAGAGAUGGUCGACUGGUAGGUUUCUGAAGAUGGAAAUGAAGGACAGGAACAGGAAAGUACGGGUGGGAGGCACAUGAAAGAAUCUGCUGGUGUGUGUUUCGAUCAAGCAAAUACGUGCGGUUGUGUGAAUUGACGUGUUUAAGUGCUUGCAGUUGAGACGUUGAAGCUGUAGGCAACAGAAAUAAGUCAUUAAAGCAGGGUCAUGUUUUGUAUUAAGGUUUCAAAAGUGCUAUUUGGCGUGCUUGCUGAGAAACAAUGCCACGGCCUUCUGUUGAGUAAGACCGGCGUCACAAUCAGGCUCUGGCUCCUCAAAAGUACCUCAGCACAAAGACAGCUGUCAUCCUGUUGACUAGGGAUGGACCAAUACCUCUUUGUCACUGCCCAUACCAUCUCCAAUACAAAAAAAUCAAGUCACUCUGCUUUGAUCUGUAACACACUACAUAGGCCUCUUGGUGUCCUAUCUUAAUACUGGAGGAAUUCACUAAUACUAAUACCGUAUUAAGACUUGUAAUGGACAUUUAACAGUACUGUUGUUUCUGUAUUACUGGCAUCAUUCCCAAAAGUGGAUAAAACAUGAAGACAAGCAAGAUGUUUUUGGGGGACAGCAGAGAGACUGGCUGGUUGGAGAGCACAGCAGCAGGACUGCUCCAGCUGAGCAUGCUAAAGCCACGAACACUGCUAGGAUCCUGGAAUGGAGAGGGCAGGACGGCUCCACCAGCAGAGUAGGUGUCAACACAUCCUCCAUAUGGGUUAUGAGGAGGAGGAGGAUGGACUUUGUUCAGUAAAGACUGGCUUUGGUUUUCCAAACAGGAGGCUGUCUCUGCUGACUAAGAGGACAGCUAAAUAAAACGGAAAACUGAUGUCCUUUGCAAGAAGAGGAAUGUGACAUGUUGAGACUUUUUCAUGGAAGGAUUGUGUGUGAGGAGGUGGGAGGGGCACUGGUACCGCUGUUUUUGAGCACCUUAAUUGAUCCCUACCCAACCCAGUUCUACACAUAAAUACACAUAUUUCCUCUUCCUACCUAAUGUGCUUUUGACACAACUGUAGAUCAGAGAGCUAGCGGCCCCUCAGCAGCAUGCGUUCCUGUGGACACAACCAGAGCUGAGCGUAUCUAGGGUAUUAAUAAUCAUAUCUGCUCUGGACACAGCACUGCUGCUCCCUGUAUCACCCAACACUGACUGACAGGAUCUGAGAUCCUUUGGGACUGGGCUGGAAACCUGGAAUCACAGCUGGAACUCUGGAGUCGAAUCCUUGUACAGACCAAAAUCCUGGAAAUGAGUUGAAUUUUCAGAGAGGAGCUACCAUUUUAUAAAGCUGUAAUGUUAGGAUUAAAUAACUGCUUUCUUACUGGGAGACUUCCCCUUAUAGUCACUUUGGCUGUUGUGCUAACCAUAGUUUCCCAAUGUUCUAGGAUAGGCCUGUGCUGUAAUAUAGGAUUGUGAAAGAAAAAAAUAAUUGUUCAUUGUUUUGUUUUAUUUAAAAAAAAAAAAAGAAAAUACAAUUUCGGCACUUUGAUGUCAGCAUUGUAUCUGGAUUUUUUUUGUAUAUCUGAACUGUUUUUUGACAGGAUGCUCAUACUAUGUAAAGGACAUAUUUACUGAAUAUUUAGUCUGUGCUUCAUAAAGUAAGCUUUUAUACAGA